AUGCCCGAGGAAGAACCAUCGCUCAAUAUCCCGUCGCUGCUCACUCUAGCAGUCGUCUCUUUCUUCGUUAUCAGAUGGUUCCUUAAACGCGACGGUAGUCCCGAUGCAGGCGGCCCCCGGACCCGUGGUCGCGGGAAUAUCGUCGACCCAGCCCAGGUGGAACAAAUAGCUCAGAUGUUUCCUCAGCUCAGCACUCGCGAGAUCAUGUGGGACUUGCAGCGCAAUAGCGGGAAUGUUGCAGCGACUACGGAGCGAAUCCUCAGUGGACGUGGACUGGAUAUGCCACCACCCUCGUUCCAGCCUGCGAUCGUUCUACCCUCUACUACUGCCGCUGCAGCAGCUGCGCAGCCCUCCUCGACAUCCGGGGCUUCCCUAAAGCCCGACGGCCAGGAUCUGAUUUCUCGAUAUAACCUCAGCUCAAAAAUCAGUGGUCGAGCCGACGCUACCAAUGAUCAAUCAUCGCAGAGAUCGACGAGCAGCGGAUGGUCGCAGAGCAAAGAGGAGCGACAGCGCUUGUUGCAGAAGCGGAGAGACGAUAUGAUUUUGGCAGCUCGGAGGAAGAUGGAGCAGAAGCAGCGGCAGGCUGACAAUGUGUCGACCUGA